UCCCUACAACAACAGGCAAUUUUGUGAAAACAACCAGUGAUAUUCACCUAUUGCCUGCUUCUAAUGAAACCCCUACAUAUAACAAAUUAUUUCUAGAUGAGAGGUCCUAUGCUCAUAAGGCAUCAGCCUUUAACCGGUAUUAGAAUUAUCACCUGGACAGACAUACAGACGAACAGCAUCUCAAUAUCCCUCAUGAACUACAUUCACUGGGUUGAUUUAAAAAACUGUUCCUGAGAUAUUAAUAAAUGUGUGAGAAAUGUUAAUUGCCUAUGCAUUGCAAUACAAUUGUAAGACAAGCCGACAACAUUAUCGCACCUUUCUUAAGGUAAGAUAAAAAGAAUCAAGGAUGGAGACCAAUGCACAGAUACUUGAAAGGGAAGGUUUUAUCAGUAUUGUUUUCUAUUGCUCUCAUUUCUAUUGCUCUCGUCUUCAUGUUUCCUUCUUUUUCAACAUUCCAGCAAAUCUUCAUCUACUUUGUACAAAUCCACCCAUAGCUGCAGAUAAGCCACUUGUUUCAGGCAUGGACGACAGACUAUGGUGUUUACCUCAUUUUCUUACCCAAUUUAUUAUAUCUUUGUUCCCAGGACCCCAUAGGCAGCAGUCUACCACACUCCAAUUAAUGAUACUUUUUUUUUCUUUUACAUCUUUUUAUAUAUAAUCAUAUAACCAUGGGGCCAUUAACAGAAACUUCAUAAAGAUGAGAAUUCGUAAAAUCCAUUGUUCUCUUACUGUAACAUCAUUUUAUCCAUGGUAACAACAAUUGAUUUAUGAAUUAGUAACUUUAGAAAGUUUCUGUUAAUGACCCCAUGCUGAACAAAUGUAUUGAAGAAGAUCAAUGAACUGUAUCAAUGCUAUAUCUAUUUACAUGGGGGCCAUUAACAGAAACUUUGUAAACUUAAAGGCAGGAUUUCAUUACCCCCUGGUAAAUUAAACCACUCCCCCAUUUUGAUUCAGCCAAUCAUUUAACUGCUUGCUAAGCAUCAUGGGAGGUAAACAUUAGCACAUGGCAAUACUAAGAGCACUACAAAAUGUUUUACUUACUAUAUCAUUGUGCAUGCUGUUUAUUCAUCAAAAAGGUUAAAUAUUUUAUCCUAGACAGUAUUGUAUUUAUCCAAAUAUUUUAAUAUCUUAUCCAUUGGGCAGUAUUGUUUAUUUCAUUAAUUAACAGGAAAUUAUUCCCAGGUGUGUCCAAGAUAUGCAACUCCACCUGGGUUAGGGUACCAUUCCCUAACCUUUUCAAUUACACAGUUUGGCAUGAGUUCUCUUCUGCAACUAAUCAAGUUCCUGAAGUUUGGGUAUUGUUCCAGAGCUCUCUUUUUUCUGGCUUGGUACUUUUUUGUCUGCCAUAGUCCUCUAUUGUGAAGAAGUCCCCAAAAUGACUUGUACAUUGUUUUUCUGAAUUUACUAUUUUCAAUCAUUGCUCCAUAGUUUGUAGCAGGCCACCAACUAUUUUGCUCAUUUGUGGUAUCUGUGAUGCAGGGAUCCUGCAGGCAGUGUCGACAUCUAGUUGGAUCAUCUGUCUCAUCUUCACUCUCUGGGUCAUCUGGGCCUGGGGGUGAAGGUGGUGUGGGUUCAGACUCAUUAUCCUGAUAAGUAAUGCUGUUCAGAACAUCAUCAGGUGUUGGUUUGUCAAGUUUCCACUUUUUUGUUUUAAAAAGUUCAGCAAUAGCCCUUUCUUGUGUUUUAGUGAGACGAAAAGAUACUAUCUUUUUAGAUGUGACUGACAUUAUUUAUAUUAUAUACUAUAAUUAGUAUCAAAAAGACAGUGUUGGUAUGUUCAGAUGAUGAUCUGCUAUCUGUCUAGGGUAUCUAGGCUAAUAUUUCUGGGUGGUGUAUCAAGUAUAAUACAAUCUCUUUGGACAUGCAAGUCAACAGGACUGUUUCGACAUGUUUCAAAUUGUCUAGGAGGUUUUGACUUCAUGCAAUAUGACAAGGGUAAACCCUAUGUAUUUAGACAGUACCAAUAGGUGUUAGUCAACUCAAUCCUGGGGGUUACACAUGGAUGACAGAUACAAAACAUCUGAUUUCUGAUUUCAAACAUGAAAAAUUAAUCAUAGGGACCAUUUCAACAUAGUAGGAUAGAUUCAAUUUUGGGACAAGUCACCCUGAUAGAACAAUUCUAAAUAUGUGUAUCACCCCUCUGUCUAUGUUACAUGCCAACCCAUUCCAAUUUCAUGCUUGUAGAUAAGAAUGUCAUGAAUUACAAUUAUGAUACUAUGUUUGGAAAUUGUGGUGGAGAAGUUAUCCAAAAUAUGCUUUCAUGUCAUGUUAGAAAUGCCCAAGGGGCAUAGAGGAGUGUUUCUGAUCAAGUAAGACCAACAAUUAUAGAAAUCAUAUGUGUCAACCAUGGGUGUACCAUUUGGAAGUCAGGAAUCGAAACAUCUCAGUUUAUAAUCUUCACAAUCAUUUUCAUCGUUCGAUGAUUAUGUUGUAUAUCUAUAACUCUUAGAUAUGCGAUGGAUAUUGUAAGGAAAGAUGAAUAAUUCUGCAUCUUAAAAUACAACCUACGUAAUGUAAUCGCAAUCGCAUUUCAACUUCAUUGAAAAUGUAGUUUCAUCUUUCUUCAUAUUAUAAAUAUUCUCCAAAUAUCAAAUGGUACAGCCAUUCUAGUGUUUGAAGGAAACAUACCAUGGAAUGAUGUAAAACUUGACUUAUUUGAGUUGCAUGCAAUGAAAGAAGGUGACAAUGUCUGAAGCUAAAAAACCAAGAAAACGUACCCCAUAUUUUAAUAUAGAGGUACAAGGAGAUGAAACAAUCAAAGAUAGGUUUCGUAAAAAGAUGAAAACGGUGAAGGAAAAAUUAAAAUCUGAUGUUAAUGUUUCAACUGCUGUUGCACUUGAAACUGUUUUAGACUUUUGGAUCUUACAUAAUGUUCAAAAUGAAAACGAUGUUGAAAAACAUUCAAAUGGGCCUGAUGUAUAUGAGUACACACCAGUGGAGAGGGACAAUACACUUGAACCUAUGUUCUUGACAACAAAAUCAGCAACAGAGAAGCUAAUAAACACUCUUGCAGCACAUAGUGCUACCUGCAACUCCCUAUUAUCAUGGAAUGAACACAGUUUCCAUGGUCACGCUGCCUUAGUGCACCUGAAAUGUGAUUUUGAUCAUCAGGUCAGAUGGAAAUCAUCACCAACACUUCCAAAUGGCCAAAGCUUGGUGAAUUAUCAAAUUUUUCAGGGAUAUAUCACUUCUGGAAUGUUACCGAAUCAGUAUGACAAUUUGUCAAAGACUGCAGAUUUUGGCCAUAUAAGUAAGCGUAAGCAGAAAGACAUGACACAACUUUUUGCCCAGCAAGUGGAACAUUGUAUGACAGCAUCCUGCGAGGAAGCAUUUGUCACUGAGUUUGCUCAUCUAGACCCAGAUGAACUACAAGAUGGGAUAUCUAUUAUGACUGAUGCACGUCAUGGGUGGCGUAAGAAUGCAAAUGACUGUGAUAUAGUAUGCAUUGGUCUAAGCUCCCACAAAGUUUUGAAAAGCGUGCAUAUUACAAAGGCUGAUGAUCCUAUACCACAACGCCACGAGAUGGUUGGUACCAGACAACUGUAUGACUUUUUUGAUGAGAAAGGCAUUAAUAUAAAAGUUCAUGCACAUGAUGCGAACCAAUCUGUUAAUAAAUUUGUACGCGAACGAGAUGGCACAACAAAUCAAAAUGACACAUGGCAUGGUGGCAAAUCCCUAAAGAAGGAAAUAGAGAAAGUAGGAAAGGGCCCACAGUAUAGUCAUGGACAGACUUGGCACAUGGAACUCUCAGACAAAGUCAUCCCAGUGCAAAAACAGUUUCACUGGGCUGUGAGAAAUUGUAACAACAAUGAAGCCCAACUACGUGACCAGCUGGAUAAUAUAUUGUGCCAUUUUAAAAACAUUCAUCAUCACUGUGACCCGCAAUCAAGAUGCAGAACAGAUCCUAAUUACCAAAUUAGGUAUAUCAUAAUAAGGGACCCGGUAGCUGAGGAUUUGUUCCGCACAGCUAUAAGAAAGUCUAUUGUGUAUAGACAGGCCCAGAACUACACUAAUGCGCUAGAUACUUUCUAUGUUGAAAGCUUCAAUAACGUAUUAAAUGUUUUUCAUGAUAAACGUAUAGUUUUUGGCAAAGAACAGUAUGAAAUGAGGACGAAUUUAACAAUACUGCACUGGAAUGAGAAUGUUGAUCGGGACUUUACCAGUACCUGGGAAAAGAGGGAUGAAAACCUAAUCAUUCAGACCAGGAAGAAUCUAAAGCCAGUAACAUUUCAGUACAAAUCUUUGAUUUGGGAAAAGGUUAUGGAUAAUAUAUUCCCACUUGGAUAAUCAAAAAAUGGAUUAUUACCAUGCGCAAUCUGAAUUAUAUGGAAUAAUGCUUGAUUAUGGUAAGUACUUCACAAAAUAACAUCUUACACUACAACUAAACUGUUUACAUUUAAUGCCAUGUGCUUCUGUUUACCAAUAUCACAUGAUCACAACUCGGUAUUUGAUUGGCUGCUGGAUAGAUAAGCCCCUCCUCAUUUUCAAAAUUAUUUCCAACAGUUUUAAAUUUUGAUUUACAUUUUUAAGCCAAAUAAGAAAAAAAAUAUGAAAACUAAAACUACUGUCAGAUUCAG